AUGAACUCGUCGAUCGCCCCAUUCUCAGACUUGUCAACCGGCGACAACAUGUCAGAAACCGGCGCUCUGCCCAUCAGCGACAAGUCCCCGUCCGACGUCAGCUACCUCACGACUGUCCUCUGCGCCAUUGCCGUGUUCUUCUGCAUCUUCAAGUUCGUGUCGCCAUGGCUGCUCCAAGCCGUUUUUGGAAAGCGUUACGUGUCGCUUCCGGAUCCCAAGAAAAGAUUUCUAGACGAGGCUGGAGCAUGUACCUGUUUUUCCACAGUGAUGGGCUGCUGGUCUCUGUACAUACACUACUUGGACACAGACAUAAACAGCACUCUACUUCGCUAUGACUAUCCUCCGGUGCGGCACAACUGCUGCAUCUUGCUGGGAUUCUCCAUUGCUGAUUUAAUAACCAAGUUUGUGUUUGUGGGUGAAAGUGAGCUGGGGAUGAUGACUUUUAUAGUACAUCACCUGGUGUCUAUUGUCAUCAGUUGUGUAGGAGUUUGUACAACCUCCCUUCCUUUCUAUGUCAACAUGGGGCCUAUGUUGGAGUUUUCUAAUCCUUUUCUAAAUAUGAGGACAAUCCUAAAGGAGUUGGGAUUUCCAGCACUGUCAACGCCAUACAAGAUCAACGGCAUCCUCUGGCUAUUGUCCUUCUUCUUCGUGCGAAUAGUCAUAACACUGUUUGUGGCUUGGUACAAGUUUGCUCCCUUGAUGCUGACAAGUGAACUAUAUGAGCAGGUUGAAGUCAUUACCCUGGUCGCUAUCUUCACCGGUGGUCCAUUCUUCAACAUCCUCAGUGUCUACUGGUUUAUCAAAAUAUGGCAGGGGACAAUAAAAGUUCUGAAGAGUGGACAGAAAAACAUCUAAACAUCAAGCACCAUGUUUAGUAUCAGUGCUUUGUGGGAGGUUCCUUGUCUACUGCUGGUAAAUGCCCUGCAGGAUAUCCAGGUUUAGAGGCUCUAAAGUGACGUGCAUUUGAUGAAAUGUCAGGAAUUAGAAUACAAUCUAAGUUAAUCUGUUCUGUCCUGUCCUGUCCUGACAAUAACAAGUAGCUA